GGGGGAGGGGUGGAGCAGCAUGGCGCGUGCGCAGUAGGCGCGGCUGGGGAAUUCAUGUGGAGGUCAGAGUGGGAGCAGGUGAGAGUGGCGUGAGUGGGGCCAGCAGAAGGAAACAUGGCUGCGAAGGUGUUUGAGUCCAUCGGCAAGUUCGGUCUGGCCCUAGCCGUGGCAGGGGGCGUGGUGAACUCUGCCUUAUAUAACGUGGACGCGGGGCACAGAGCUGUCAUCUUUGACCGAUUCCGUGGAGUCCAGGACAUCGUGGUAGGGGAAGGGACCCAUUUUCUCAUCCCGUGGGUACAGAAACCAAUUAUCUUUGACUGCCGCUCUCGACCCCGAAACGUGCCGGUCAUCACUGGCAGCAAAGAUUUGCAGAAUGUCAACAUCACCCUGCGCAUCCUCUUCCGGCCCGUCGCCAGCCAGCUGCCCCGCAUCUUCACCAGCAUCGGCGAGGACUACGACGAGCGCGUGUUGCCGUCCAUCACCACGGAGAUCCUCAAGUCUGUGGUGGCUCGCUUCGACGCCGGGGAGCUGAUCACCCAGAGAGAGCUGGUCUCCAGGCAGGUGAGCGACGACCUCACAGAGCGAGCGGCAACCUUUGGCCUCAUCCUGGACGACGUAUCCUUGACGCAUCUGACCUUCGGGAAGGAGUUCACGGAAGCCGUGGAAGCCAAGCAGGUGGCUCAGCAGGAAGCGGAGAGGGCCAGAUUCGUGGUGGAGAAGGCCGAGCAGCAGAAGAAGGCAGCCAUCAUCUCCGCAGAGGGCGACUCCAAGGCGGCCGAGCUGAUCGCCAACUCACUGGCCACCGCGGGCGACGGCCUGAUUGAGCUGCGCAAGCUGGAAGCCGCCGAGGACAUCGCGUACCAGCUGUCACGCUCACGCAACAUUACCUACCUGCCGGCGGGGCAGUCUGUGCUCCUGCAGCUGCCCCAGUGAGCCCGCCCUGCGCCCCUCAGCUGGCUGCGCCCCGAGCGAACGCACGGCGCCUUCUUCCGCCCCACCCCAGAAAUGAAUCACUGUGACAUUUCAUGAUUGAGCUAGAGUGACAGAAAUAAAAGUGAAAUCACUUCAGCCCUCCGAUUCCACAGCAGGGCUCUUUUGUUCUUCCCGUAGCCAUCUACUUUUUACCCACCCCCCACCGGAAAUUGUCAUGUGCCUAUGAAGAGCGGCUUGGGCCCGCGAGCGCCCUAGCCCGGGCACUGGCUGUUGGCAGGAGGAAGGCAGGGUAGUGUGGCAACCACUGAGAGCACGCAGCUGGCAGUCCCAGGAGACCGGAGGCUCCUUCCUGUCGUUAGUGCCCAUGUGAGGACUGGAAGGCGGCAGUUCCCUGUAACCGCCCCGCAGAGGCAGGUGUGCGGAGCAGGGCAUCUGCCCCGUCCGGGUGGGUGGGCCUUGCUUCGCUGUCCUCCAGGGUCCUAAAACGAGGGUGGACUUGGACAGUGAAGCGAGAGGAGGCCCGGCCCAACACGUCCUGCUGGAGACUUCCAGCUCCAAUGCCCGGUGGAAUUCCAGCUUGAAGGAUCACAUCCUGCAGGCCGCCAGGCCGGCCAAAGACAUGCAUCCCACGUUCCGCUCCUCCUCAGCAGAUUGCCCUCCCCGGGGCUGCGCCUGGGCCCCGAGGAAUCAAUCAUGGGAAGAAAGUAAAUGUGUGUAAACUGCUGUCAAUAAACAGCACCCAGACCUUCCA